AUGGCUCCAGUUAAGUACUUCUACAAAGGUCAAGAAACCGACUUUGUUGUUUUCGUUGAAUCUCAGGAAUUGGCUGAACAAUAUGUGCAAGAACCAACGAUGGGCAAGCUAACCGAGGCGGUCGGCGUGUUCAAGAUCUUCACCAACCAACAAGGCGAAGGUGCCGAAGGUGAGCUUGGCGAGGCCUCCAAGGCCCAAGUGGAAAACGAGUUCGGCAAGAAAAUCAAGGUUGAAGAGGCCAUUGCCAAGAUUUUGCAAGGAGGUUCUGUCAACGCCAAGGCCGACGUGAGACCCAAGGACGAGAAAUAA